AAGUGUUGAACCUAAUUUGUGUGCUUAGGUGUUCAUGGCAAAUGACCCUACAUGCUGCUCAAGGAUUUUCACCCAUCUCUUCCUUCCCUAUUUGACUUUUUUUUUUGGAAAAGGGGUGAUGCCUCCUACAACCAGAUAUGGUUAUUCCAGCUCAGGAUUGGCUCCCUAGCUCAAUCUCUUAUUUAUUGAAGGGAUAGGUGGAGUUCUUAAAGCAGUUAGUGAUAGGGAAGAAUUGGGAAGGGCGAGGAGGAGGAGGAGCAAAGUGCAGAUCCUAUGCCCAUGUUGGUCUGAUGGAAUGUUUGUCAGGAGGAAAUUGAAAGAGCUAAGAGGGAAGUAGGAUUAGAUGCUUUCCUUGGAGGAAUUCCCCUUCAUACUCCAGGAGUUGGCAGCAGAGACUGAAGGAUACCUUUGCUUGGGAGAAGAGCCCUGUCUUCCCUCUGAAGGUCUUUGGAUUCUAGAAUUGGAAUUCAGACUCAGAAUGCUGACUGGCUUCAUCUGGCUAUCUCAUCAUCUAGGCCUGGCAGGCCUGAAGUCUUGGAUUCCUUCCAUCCUUCUCCUGGUCUUCCUGGUUCUUAGCACUUGGAUCCUGAUAUAUGGCUUAACCUGUGUCCAACGAUACCGUAUCAACUGCAAGAGGCUCCGAUGCUUCCCUCAGCCCCCUCUUAAAAACUGGCUCCUUGGACACCUGGGAUUGAUACAAAAUUCUGAAGAAGGUUUAUUGUAUAAACAGUCUCUGGUCUACAGCUUCAGGGAUGUAUGCUGCUGGUGGGUAGGGGCCUGGUGCCCGGUGAUCCGCAUCUUCCACCCCAAUUACAUCAAGCCAGUCCUCCUGGCCUCAGGCACUGUUAUACCCAAGGACAAAUUAUUCUAUAACUUCUUGGAACCAUGGUUGGGGGAAGGGUUGCUGUUGAGUGAAGGAGAAAAAUGGAGACGACACCGGCACAUGUUGACACCCGCAUUUCACUUUGACAUCCUCAAACCUUAUGUGAAGAUCUUCAACCAGAGUGUAGACAUCAUGCAUGCAAAAUGGAGGAGACUGUGUGCUGAGGGCACCAAUUACCUGGAGAUGUUUGAACACAUCAGCCUCAUGACCCUGGAUAGCCUGCAAAAAUGUAUCUUCAGUUACAAUAGCAACUGCCAGGAGAAACCAAGUGCCUACAUCUCAGCUAUCCUGGAGUUGAGUUCCCUUGUGGCAAAGCGCCAUAAUAAUCCACUUCUAUAUUGGGAUACCCUGUACAAUCUCACCAGCCAAGGAAGGCGUUUCUCUCGUGCUUGCCAUCUGGUGCAUGAUUUCUCCAAUGCUGUCAUCCAGGAACGACGUCAUAUCCUUGCCCAACAGGGGACUGAGGCCUUUCUUGGGAACAAGAGAAAAAGCAAGACCAUCGAUUUCAUAGACAUUCUCCUAUUGGCCAAAGAUGAAGAUGGAAAAGCUCUGUCAGACAAGGACAUCCAGGCAGAAGCUGACACUUUCAUGUUUGCAGGUCAUGAUACAACUGCAAGUGGCAUCUCUUGGGCUCUCUAUAAUCUGGCCCAGCAUCAGGAAUAUCAGGACCGCUGCCGUCAGGAAAUAAAAGAACUCCUGGGAGAUCGUCAGCCAGAGGAGAUUGAAUGGGAUGAUCUGGUCCAGAUGCCCUUCCUGACCAUGUGCAUUAAAGAAAGCCUCCGGCUGCACUCACCAGUUUCCAUGGUCUCCCGCUACUGCACAAAGGACAUCCAGUUGCCUGAUGGGAGGAUCAUUCCUAAAGGAAACAUUUGCCUGAUCAGCAUCUUUGGAAUUCACCAUAACCCUGCUGUGUGGCCCAAACCUGAGGUUUAUGACCCACAUCGCUUUGACACCAACAACCCAGAAAAGAUUUCACCCCUGGCCUUUAUACCCUUCUCAGUUGGAUCCAGGAACUGCAUUGGACAGAACUUUGCCUUGUCUGAGUUGAAGGUUGUGCUGGCCCUUACCCUGUUAAGGUUCCGAGUCCUCCCUGAUAAACACCCAGUCCGAAGGAAGCCAGAAAUUAUUCUCAGAGAAGAAAACGGUCUGAGGUUGAAGGUAGAACCUCUUUUGGAUCUGUCCAGCCCUGACAUGCACCUCUCAGAAACCUCUCAGGAAUAAUGGCUGGAAUAUAUUCUUUUGCUUUUGAGUAUGGAAGCCUGCUUUCUACUUGCCUUUCCAGCAAUCCUAAUCUUGAUUGUAAUUCUUUUAAAUAAAAAUACUUCAACAUACUAUA